UCUACAACUAUCCAAAUACCCAGAAUUUGGUGUCACAGAAAUUGCCCCAAUUGCUCUGUUUUUAGUGCAAAUAACUCGCAACCAUGGAUGGAGAAUUGCAUUAUUGUUGAUGUAAUCUAGAGCUUCAUCUUUACAAGUGGAAUGGUGAUCUCCUGACAACCACUAGCAUUGAAGAUUCUAGUUCAUCUGAUAAAACUGGCUCUUACAAGGAAAAAAAUUGUAUUAGCUCAGCCAGAUGCUUCAGGGUGGAACUAACCCCCGACAACAUUGCAGUUGCUAUGGUAUAUAUUGUUCAAGGUGUCUUAGGCCUUUCAGAUCUUGCUGUUAGCUUUUAUUUGAAAGAUGACUACUGCAGAGACAGCUGUGAUAUCUGGUUUCUCAUCAUUGCCAUGGCUUGUAAAACCGUUAUAUGGAUUCAUUAGUGAUUCCUUCCCACUCUUUGGAUACCGGAGAAGGUCAUAUUUGGUACUAUCAGGACUUUUUGGAGCUCUCUCAUGGUUUUUGAUGGGCCACUUUUGUAGACAGCAAGUAUGGUGCUGCUUUUUGCAUACUUAUUGGUUCUCUUUCUGUUUCUUUCUCAGCUGUCAUAAGUUCCUUUUGGUUCUAGUUGGUUUCAGUUAUUUGACUUGUGGUGUUAGGUUUGUUACCUAGUCACAAUAAUUCAAGCCUGCGUGCUACGUUAUUUAUCUGAACUGUUUUUGACUUGAUCAAGAGUUUGACAACAAUCUUCUUGGAAUUUGGACCUUCAGAAUUGGUGGACACGCUAAGAGAUUGUGAACUGAAAACCAACUUAUUAA